GAUAACUUCUCGUUCCAUCACGCUUGGUAGGGGCUCUCGGGGGAUAGCCCUGCCUGGCUGCCUGUCUGCCUGUCAACCACAACCGGCUCGAAGCAGAGUGCUGCUACUACCCUUGUUGUGGUCACAGGUUUUAAUGGCCUUAGUUUAAUGGGAACAUCAGAGUGAUGGUCUAAGCGCCCACAGUCACAGAAGUGGGGAAUGUUGCGCUGGACUGUGCACCUAGAAGGAGGGCCACGGAGAGUCAACCAUGCUGCUGUGGCAGUGGGUCACAAGGUGUACUCCUUUGGAGGCUACUGCUCCGGGGAGGACUAUGAGACACUUCGUCAGAUUGAUGUGCACGUCUUCAACACAGUGUCAUUGCGCUGGAUAAAGCUGCCUCCAGUGAGGAUUAUAGGACUUGAACGUGUCCGUGAAGUGCCAUAUAUGCGUUAUGGCCACACAGCUGUGCUGCUGGAUGAUACUAUCUACCUCUGGGGCGGGCGUAAUGACACAGAGGGGGCCUGCAAUGUGCUCUAUGCUUUUGAUGUCAAUACUCACAGAUGGUACACACCCAGGACUUCAGGGACUGUUCCAGGGGCGCGGGACGGCCACUCUGCCUGUGUCCUGGGAAAGGCAAUGUAUAUAUUUGGAGGAUAUGAGCAGCUGGCUGACUGUUUCUCCAAUGACAUCCACAAACUGGAUACCACUACCAUGGUUUGGUCACUAAUUAAUGCCAGAGGAACUCCAGCACGCUGGAGAGACUUCCACUCGGCUACCAUCAUUGGGACAAAAAUGUUCGUGUUUGGAGGAAGAGCAGAUCGUCUUGGUCCCUUCCACUCCAACAAUGAGGUCUACUGCAACAAGAUCAGAGUAUUUGACACAGAGACUAACUGCUGGCUGACCACCCCUUCAACACAGCCACUACCAGAGGGACGCAGAAGUCAUUCAGCCUUUUCCUACAAUGGAGAGCUGUACAUAUUUGGAGGAUACAAUUCUCAUAUGGAACGACACUUCAACGACCUUUGGAAAUUAAAUCCAGAAAACUUCACAUGGAAGAAAGUUGAACCUAAAGGGAAAGGCCCAUGCCCUCGGAGGCGUCAGUGCUGUUGUAUGGUUGGAGAUCGAAUCAUCCUCUUUGGAGGAACCAGCCCCUGUCCAGAGCAAGGAAUGGGAGAUGAAUUUAACCUCAUGGAUCAUUCAGACCUGUAUAUCUUAGACUUCAGCCCUAAUUUGAAGACUUUAUGCAAAAUAGCUGUCAUUCAGUACAGUCUGGAGCAGUCGGGACUCCCACAUGAUAUCAGGUGGGAACUGGCAGCCAUGACAACCAACAGCAACAUCAGUAGGCCCAUCUUCUCCUCCCAUGGCUGAAGAAGCUUAAAAGUGAAGCAGAACCCAGACUCUGUUUCAGGACACUGGGCUUUUAUCUUUCUAAUCAAGGACGGUUUUUGUAUAGUCUGGAUCAGAUUUAUUUUACACAUUCUACAAGUGGAAACUUUUACUGACCAAAACAUCCCGUGUGAGACUCCCUUGGACACCAUCGGCUUUGCCCUGUCUGGGGAUAUUUUAGCCCUUAAGAUGGAAAUCGUUGAUGCCUAUUCACCUUUUUUUUUUCUCUUCUUUCUAGCCUCUCUAGAAAUUCAAUCAGCCUAUGAUAAUCAUAGACUUCUAAUGUUAAGCACAGGAAGAGACAAGAACUUCAGCCAAAGGUUUUGAGAGCCAACCUCUUUGAGGAUUGUCAUCCAGAUGUCACACUCAUACAAGUGUGAACCUUCUGUUUCAAAUGCAAAUGGUUAUUUCACUUGCAGCGUUCCUUUACUUAGCCAUGUGCAACUAUCAGGUUCAUGGGCAGAUAGAGCUGGUGCAUGUUGAAUGAAAGGAGAAGAUUCUUUACCACAAUAUUGGAAUAUGAUCGUUACAAAAUAAGCUGGAUUUCAAUGAUUUGCCAUUUCCCUUCAUUGUAAUUCUGUCAGUACCCUACUUAAGUGGCUACAAUGUGAUUUGCAAGGCAGCCAAUGAAAAUGUCUGCCUUGUAGAGUGGAGCGCUUCUAUCUCCCUGAACCGCAUGCAUCAUUGGGCCUUUAAGAUUUCCCAUACAUUGAAUCACUAAAGGAGGUGUUUUGCAGGAAAUGCUGUAGUUUCACUAAAGGGUUCACCUGCCACCCCCCCUUAAUAUGCUUUACAGUGCCAAACGUGGAAGGGAAUCUUGAUGCAAAGUGUGAGUUUGCAUGUAAGCUAGUGGUCCUCGCCCACCUCAUUUAGUUUACUUGUUGUUAAGGAGAUCAUCUGAUAUGCAUAGUGUAGUUUCUUUUUAGAGACAAUCCCAUAGUUUAACAAUGUGACCCUCUUAUGUUUGUGCAUAAUGACAGGCAAAAUUGCAGAUGUUUUAAAUGCACAAGGGCUGUUAACAGAUUA